AUGUUUACCAUAAUCUUAAUAAUAUUUUUUCUUUUCUUUACAACAAUCAACGCUAAUACUAAUCUGUGUCAGAAAAAUCCAGUUUGUCAAUGCAGGUCAGAUGAAUUAGACGACAUAAAUGUAGUUUACAGAUCAAAUAUAAAUACGACGUUUACCAUAAAAGUUAAAUCAUGGUCAGAUUUGAAGAUCGAUUGUAAAGAUAUGGGAGGAUGGAAUAACUUUAAUUUCACGAGCAAYCAAUCMGAAAAGAUACUCAAUUCGCUAGAGUUUAAAUAUUGCGGAUUACCAAACACAACUACAUUAAAAAAUAUUGUCAAAAAAUURGGAGUAGAAGAAACAAAUACACUGAUCUUUCAAUCUUUUAAAGACCUUGGCGAUACACUAAAAAGAGAGCAUCUUCAAGAGUUUUCAAAUGUGACAAAAUUAGUUUUACUCCGAAACGGUUUAACAAAUAUUCCAUAUGAUUUGUUUUCGGAUUUAUUCAAAUUGGAGUACCUUGAUAUAUCUGUAAAUAAUAUUAUUCUACCAAAAGAUAUUUUCGUAAAAACAACGAAUCUUAAGCGACUGGAAUUAUAUGGAAAUAACAUAAAAGAAUUYGUCCCUGGAUUAUUUUCUGAUUUACUGUAUCUAGAGUAUCUAAAUCUUAUGGGAAAUUCAUUAGUAGAACUUGAUGCCGAAGUAUUUAACGAUCUAAUAUCAUUAAAAAAUUUGAACCUAGGAGUAAAUAUGUUAAAAACGUUACCGCAAUCAAUUUUUCGUAAAUUAAAGAG